CGCCCAUCUUUACUUUAUUAUUCUUUCCAUCUCUCGACCAUCUCUCCUUUAUUCAAAGUACCGAAAAGGGUCGUUCCAGAUCUCGGGUCUUUACGCCUUUUGCUUGCAGCAGCCCCACCAGCAGCCAAACCUACGCACACGCGCCGGCUGAAUUCGUCCAAGACCGUCUUCUCCGGAAUUUACAAACAGCCGUCGCCUUCUAUCCGCCUUGGAUCUCGAGAUCCGAAAUCGUCGCCACAAGAUUGUCCCUUUUUUUGAGUUUUUUUUUAAGACAAAAAGGGAAGAAGAGUGCAGAUCCCCCGGAUUCUCAGCUGCAGCAAAUCAUCAUCGAGCCGAAUUAUUCGCCAUCGUUCGCUGUACCACCGGCUGUCUAAUACACCGCCAACCAUCAACUCUUCAUACUAUUCCCGACGACUCCUAUAACAUUUUCUUCGCCUCACUUCACAGCCAAUGGAUCCCUCUUCCUCCACAGUCGCCUCCUCAUCUGCCGCCUCAUCAACAAGGCCGUCUCCCAGCAGCUCAGCCGCCGCCAUGGCCCCUGCCCCCAUCCAGACCAAGAUCCCUUCCACCGAGCCCUUCCUGAAGGACUUUACCCUCCUCGCCGAGGCUGCCAAGCGAGCGCAGGUCGCAGUCAUGGUGCGCGACUUUGAGGAUGUCGGCAUCUGAUGGAGAAUGCCUCAUCAGGCGCGUUGAGAUUGGUGGCCAGCUUUCGUGACGUUUGAACGGAUUUCGGACGAGUUUCGCAACCAGGGUGUGGCUUCAUUGACCUGUCAGCCGCGGCAAUAAUACGAUGCCAUCUAUCAAAUCGAGCACAGUCUUGAUAAACAUGGCACCAAUCUCAAUCCGUUCUUCUUACCUUGCGACAUAUUCGCCUUUCAUCUUUUUUUAAUUUGCAUCGGAGAUCAGGCGUCAGAAAGUUAUACACGCUCAAUGUUUGAGAUUUCAUUUAUUUGGUUAAUGGAGCUCUAUCAGCUGGAUGGGACGGUGUUGGUCUGUUUGGAAGGGGAAGCUUUUUGCGUACAGGGACACGUUGUCUUGGUUAUUUCUUCUUUUUUUUUUUUUUUUUCCUUUCCCUUUUUUUCCUCUUCCUUCUCUUCCCCCAUCAUUUCGCGCAUAUAAAUUAUAUACAACGAGCUAGAAAUACCCGUAUCUUGAUGGUAAUGAAACUAUACGAGGCAGCUGUAUGCUUCAAACAUG